AGAAAGCACCUUGGCAGUAGCGCGAGGCGAUGAGAAGCGCUCGCACACACAUACAAUAAUGGCCUUGCACGGAGGUAAAGUUCUGCUGCUGUUUGCGCACGGCAGAAGGACGCAUUUCUGGCGCGAGCUCAGUCCGGUCCCGGCGCUGCUCUGUCGCACGAGACGUCUCUCUGUUGCUGCUCCGAACUCGCUCCUGGCCUAUAAGACGUACGCGGAGCUGCGCGAGCUCUCAGCCCGGGACCCCGAGCGCUUCUGGGACCGUGCUGCGCGUGAGAGGAUCACGUGGAGCAGGAUGUUCGAGCGCGUGCAGGACUGCGAUGUAGCGCGAGGGAAGAUCGGCUGGUUCCUCGGGGGGCAACUAAACGUUUCCGUAAACUGUCUGGAUGUACAUGUUGCUAAAGAUCCAAAUCGAGUGGCUCUGAUCUGGGAGAAAGAUGAACCGGGGCUGGAGGAGCGAGUCACAUACAGAGAGCUGUUGGAGAUGACCUGCCGGCUAGCCAACAUGCUGAAGAGCCAUGGCAUAAGGAAAGGAGACCGUGUGGCCAUCUACAUGCCCAUGUGUCCCACAGCGGUGGCGGCCAUGUUGGCGUGUGCAAGGAUCGGAGCCGUUCACACCGUGGUGUUCGCUGGAUUCAGCUCUGACGCUCUGGCAGGCAGGAUUCAGGAUGCUGAGUGUAAGGUGGUGAUCACGAGUAAUCAGGGUGUGAGAGGUGGACGUGUGAGCAAUCUGAAGGCGACGGUGGACGUGGCAGUAAAGUCCUGUCCCUCAGUGAAGAGUGUCCUCGUGGCUCAGAGAACCAAUCACAGUGUGCCGAUGGGGGAACUGGACACACCCCUGGAGGAGGCGAUGGCGAGGGAAUCGUGUGUGUGUCCUCCAGAGCCUAUGGACAGUGAGGACAUGUUGUUUCUGCUCUACACAUCAGGCAGCACGGGGAAACCUAAAGGCAUCGUACACACUCAGGCUGGAUACCUGCUGUACGUGGCUCUAACACACCAGUACGUCUUUGAUCACCGCCCCGGUGAUGUGUUCGGCUGUGUUGCUGAUAUCGGUUGGAUCACCGGUCACAGCUACGUUGUGUACGGACCACUCGCUAACGGAGGAACCACCGUGCUGUUUGAGAGCACGCCUGUGUAUCCAAAUCCAGGUCGGUACUGGGAGACGGUACAGAGGUUGAGGAUUAAUCAGUUUUAUGCUGCUCCUACGGCUCUCAGGCUGCUGCUGAAGUACGAGGACAGCUGGGUGAAGAAUUACGACCGCUCGUCACUCAGAAUCCUCGGCUCAGUUGGAGAACCCAUCAAUCAUGAGGCAUGGGAUUGGUUCUACAACAUGGUGGGAGAAGGACGAUGCCCCCUGGUGGACACUUGGUGGCAGACAGAGACCGGUGGAGUGUGUAUUGCUCCACGGCCUGCCGAGCCUGGCGCUGAAAUACGGCCUGCCAUGGCCAUGAGACCUUUCUUUGGUAUUCAGCCUGCGUUAAUGGAUGAAAUGGGCCAGGUCCUGACAGGAAAUGAUGUCAGUGGUGCUCUGUGUAUUGGCCAACCGUGGCCUGGAAUGGCCAGAAGCAUUUAUGGAGAUCAUGAAAGAUUUUUGGAUGCAUAUUUUAAACCCUAUCCAGGUUAUUAUUUUACGGGCGAUGGAGCACACCGGACAGCAGACGGAUAUUACCAGAUCACUGGACGAAUGGACGACGUCAUCAACGUCAGUGGUCAUCGUUUGGGAACAGCGGAGAUCGAGGAUGUCCUGGACGAGCACCCGGACGUUCCUGAGACUGCAGUCAUCGGAAUUUCUCAUGACGUUAAAGGAGAAGUUCCUUUUGCGUUUGUGGUUAUGAAGAAGAACAUUACGGAGAACCAGGAGGCUGUGGUGAAGGAGCUGAGACAGCUUGUGGCCACCAAGAUCGCAAAAUACGCCGUACCUGACCACUUCCUGGUGGUGAAGCGUCUUCCGAAGACUCGCUCUGGAAAGAUCAUGAGGAGAAUUCUGCGGAAGGUGGCCAUGGGGCAGUUGGACAGUCUUGGGGAUGUGUCCACACUUGACGAUCCUUCUGUAGUGAACGAGAUCAUUGAUGCUCAUCAGCACUACAGGAACCAAGCAGCAAGGGCAUCAAAAAUGGUGGGGGUGGGGAAAUGACAUCUGAGAGACAGGAAAUAAGAGAGCCAGUAAAGACAAAAAGACAUGACUGGUAAAGUUUAUGUUUGUAGCAACUCAUUAAUAACCUGCAGGACACGAUCCAUCAUCUGAUCCAUCAUCUGGUCCAUCAUCCUUGGAAACCAACAAACACACACACACACAAACAUAUACACACACUCUCACAUACUUACAUACUCUCACUCACACACUUUCACUCACACACAUACUCACACACACACACACACAUUCUGACAAACUAACACACACACACACAAACAUACUCUCUCACACACACAUUCUGACACACAUUCUCUCUCUCACACACACACACACUCUCACAUUAUUAUAAAACAGGACAGAGCACUUCAAGUGAACCGAGUAAUAUUUGAUCAAAAUCUAUUCCUCUUAAUAAAGUGUUUGUUAAUUUAUUAAAAUACAAAGACUGAGAUAAACACUGUUUUUUACUGUGAACAUUUAUAAACACUUUAAAACACCUUAUAAACUCCAGGACGGUAUAGAUGAUAAAAAUAUUGAGAAAUUCAAAGCAACUCUUAUAGUUUUAAACCAUUUUAAUACAUUAAAUUUUAUUAUUACUCAGUAUAUUAUUAAUAAAUCAUCAUUACUAUAUUAUUAUAAUCAUCAUAUUAACUUUAAAGCACAGAAAUAAAAUACAGACAGAAUAACAUUUUAAUUUUUAGAUAAAUCACGUAUAGAAUGUUUAGAAGCAGCAGUGGGGAGUUAAGUCUUUAUUUUGGAUGUAUGAGAUAUUAUUAUUAGGAUUAAAUAAAUGAUGUGACACUUAUAAUGCUGACUGGGCUACUGAGUGUUACUGUACUUAUAUUAAAUAAACAAUCAUAAAAGAAACUGCAUUAAACAGAUUUAUAAUUUAUUAUAUUCGACUAUUCAAGAUUAUAUUGUUAUUAAAUUAUAAUCUAAUCACUCAGUAAUCAGACUUCAGCUUUAAUCCCCGUGAACACUUACAGUUAACGAGUCAAGUAAUUAAAGAAAUAUCUCCUCUAGUUUAGUGUUCACCAUACCACAUGACUAGUGAUGAUACCACAUGACUAGUAAUGAUACCACAUGACUAGUGGUGAUACCACAUGACUAGUGAUGAUACCACAUGACUAAUGAUGAUACCACAUGACUAGUGAUGAUGCCACAUGACUAGUGAUUAUACCACAUGACUAGUGAUGAUACCACAUGACUAGUGAUGAUGUCGUUUGUGUGUGCAUGUGUGUGUGUAAAACGGGUUUAGAUGAGGAACACUGUAGUUCUUUACAGUCUGUAUUGUUUAUAACUUUCAAAUAAAAUCUGAUUAAUGA